AUGGCCGAGCACGUGGGCGCCGACGCGCAGGCCGGCGGCCGGCGCAAGUCCGUGAGCUGGAACGACGCGCCGCCGGCCGUGGAGCGGGCGCUCUCGGCGGAGGAGGAGCGCAAGGGCAUCCUGGUCAAGCUCGAGACGCUCGACGCUUUGCGGGCGCGCGGCGUGCUCAGCGACCGGGACCACGCGCUCAAGGCCGACCGGCUCCGGGCCAAGUUCGGCCUCUCCGAGUCCGAUCUGCGAGGCCUGGAGGACGAGGCGCGGACGAUGGCGCGCAAGCGGAAGAUCGUCCACGCGCUCGAGAUGCCGCGGGUCAUGGCCGGCGUGCCCGAGGGCGUCGUCUUCCGGCUCCAGGCGCUGCACAACCUCCGGGACGAGGGCCGCAUCGACGCGGCGACGUUCGAAGCCAAAAAAAGAAAGCUCGGCGAGGCGAACCACUUGGACGCGUCGCACCUCACGUCCGCCGACGACGCCGCCGAGGCGAAGCAGCUCCUGGAGAAGAUCGACCGCGCCGUGGCCCACUCGCUGGACCGCGGCGCGGGCGUCGAGGACGCGGCGCGGCGGCUCCGAGCCGUCGACCGGGACAAGGAGAACGGCGCCGUCACGAAGCGCGCGUGGCUCCAGCGCCGCUGGGACGCCGUCGACGGCUACCUCGCCGGCGUCGGCAACGACGCGCCGACGAAGGCCGAGCGCGCCGCGGCGCUGGACCUGAUCGUCGACGCGCAGCAGGAGAUCGACAUCAUGGCGGACGUCACGUCCGCGUUCGCGGCGGGCGACCAGCGCGGGUCGCGGCGGUCGCUCUGGGUCGCCGUGCAGCGCAAGUACCGGCGCAAGUCGGUUAACUCGCGGAGCCGCAGCGGGAGCUUGGACGGGGCGCCCGUGGCCGCGGACGCGCAGGACCCGGGGGACCACGCGCCGUCGCCGGGCAAGCCCGCGGCCGCGGACGCGGCCUUCGACGAGCCGCCGUCCGACGACGAGGACGCGGCGCCGCCCGCGGAGCCCGCGGCCUUCGAGGUGCCGGCGGCCUUCGAGGAGCCGCCGUCCGACGACGAGGACGCGGCGCCGCCCGCGGAGCCCGCCGCCUUCGAGGAGCCCGCGGCCUUCGAGGAGCCGCCGUCGGACGACGAGGCGGCGGAGCAGCCGGCGGCCGAGCCGGAGCGGCCGCCCGCGGAGCCCGCGGCCUUCGAGGAGCCGCCGUCGGACGACGAGGCGGCGGAGAAGCCGGAGAUCCGCCGCGACUCCGUGCUCGUCUGGAAGCCGUCGUCGCUCGAGGAGCCCCAGUACAUGGAGCCCUGCAAGCGCGUCGUCGUCGACGAGCCGGAGGCCGUCGAGCCGGCCGUCGACGAGCCGGCGGCCGCGGAGCCAGAGCCGGCGGCCGCGGAGCCGGAGCCGGACGCGUCCGACGACGACGACGGCGGCCGGCUGUCCAUCGCCGAGUCGCUCUUCGGCAUCAAUCGCCAGAGCGCGCACAUGUUCCACCACGCGCCGACGCCCGAGCGCAUCGCGACGCCCCAGCGGCCCGAGCCCAGGGCGCCCGAGGAGGAGAUGGACGACCGGCCGUCCAUCGCCGACUCGCUCUUCGGCGUGCACCGCUCGAGCGCGCACAUGUUCCACGGCGCGCCCCAGCCCGUGCGCAUCCAGACGCCCCAGCGGCCGCUGAGGAUCGAGGAGGACGAGGUCGACGACCGGCCGUCCAUCGCCGAGAGCCUCUUCGGCAUCAACCGCAAGUCGGCGCACAUGUUCCACCACGCGCCGACGCCCGAGCGCAUCAACACGCCGCUGCGGCCGCCGACGCCCGUUCAGGAGGCGGACGAGGACCCGGAAAUCUUCGAGCGGGCGUUCGCGACCGCGUCGCUGGGCCUGCGGCUCGCGCUCGUCGACGACGACGGCGGGCCCUGGAUCGCCGUCGAGGGCGCCACGGACGCGAGCGGCCUCGGCGGCGAGCACUUUCCCUUCCAGCUGUGGAAGGUCGCCGGCGCCGAAGCAAAAGCGGCGGACGACGACGCCUUCUUCGACGUCUGCGACGGACUCGUCGACGCGCCGCGGCCGCUGACGCUGACGUUCAGGCGGCGGCCGCCGCCGCGGCCGCCCGCGCCGAAAGCCAGGGGCCGCCGCGCGGGCGAGCGCGUCGAGGCCUUCGUGGAGCCGCCGUCGAGCGACGAAGACGACGACGAGACGCUGUCGACGAUCGCGCUGGCGCAGCCCUACCGGCGCCUCUCGGUCUGGGCGGACCCGGCGUCGUUCCCCGCGGACCCGGCGGCCCUGCUAAACCAGCCCUCGGUCGAGCUCUCCCAGCCCUCGGCUGUCGAGCUCUCCCAGCCCUCGGCGCUCUCGCAGCCGUCGGCGCUCGACCCGCCCUCGGCCGGCGAGCCCCCGUCGGAGCUGUCCUUCGCCACCGUCGUCGCGAAGCGCUGCAUGGCCUCCGCCGCCGUGGCGCGGCGCGCCGUCGCCUACGGCGCGGCCCCGGAGGCCGAGGGCCCCAUCCCCGCGGUGCCGCCGCGGAGCCCGUACCCGAAGAGCCGGCCCGUGCGGAUCCCCGAGGCCGACGCCACGCCGCAGCCGUCCGCCCCCACGUCCGCGCGCGCGUCGCGGCCCUCGGCGCCGCGCAUCCACGCGGACGCGCCGCCGCCGUGCCCCGCGCCCGCGGCCGCGCCCGCGCCGCCGGACGUCCUCGUCGUCCACGGCGACGACGACGACUACGGCGACUUCUACGCGCCCGUCUUCGAGGCGCCUCUACGGGUGGAUGGCUCGGACCGCGACAGCGCGUCCUGCGACACGCAGGCGUCCUUCCAGGCCGACGCGAUCGACUUCAGCGCGUUCGACUUCCGCGAGUCCGACGAGGAGGACGACGUCGCCAUGGCCGAGGAGGCCCGGCCGGGCAUGGCCGCGAGCGACGAGGACUCGGCGAGCGUGCGGACGCAGCGGACUUUCGAGGAGACGCGCGCGCCCUUCGUCGCCGAGGGCGCGUUCCGGGACGCGGGCGCGCUCCGGGAGCCGUCCGACGACGACACGCUCACGUUCGCGGCGACGGCGUCCGCGCAGCCCUCCUUCGACGUGGAGCGCGCCGAGGUCGUGCGCCGGCGCGACGAGGAGGCCCAGGAGGUCGCCCGACGAGAGGCCUUCGCGGCCUUCGCCGCUUCCAAGGCCUUCUCGUUCGCGUUCGCGUCGAAGAACGUCGCGCUGGCCGUCAACGCGUGCGACCUGCGGUCGCGGCCCCAGUCGCCCGACGUCUACAUCCCCUCGGCGGCGGAGAUUCUGCUCAAGCAGGAGCUCCAGCAGUCCGGCCGGGCCAUGCUCGACGGCAAGAUCAACGUCGACCGCGACGGCGAGGACGAGGAGGCCGCGCGGCGCGCGCAGGCCGCGGCGGUCGACGACCUCGGCGUCAGCUUCCGCUGGGAGAACCGGGACACGCUCGCCUUCCCCGAGGGCACCAUCGAGCUCAGCUCCGCGGAGAAGGAGGCCGCGCGCGAGCGCGCGGCUGCGGCCGCCAAGGCCGAGCUCCUGAACAGGGAGGCCAUCGACGAGCCCGCGGAGCAGCAGCCGGCGGCCCACACCGUGUCGGCGGCGACGUGGAACAUCGUCGGCGCGGCCGUCAACGACGAGCUCGACCGCGAGCCCGAGGACGCGGGUCUCGUCGCGCAGGCGGCGUUCGACGUCGUCGCCAAAAAAAGGAAGCAGAAGCGCAAGGAGAAGAAGCUCGUGCCGCUGCGCCCGCCGCGCCUCACGCGCAUCCCCGCGCCGGAGAACGUGCCCUGGUGGAACAAGACGCGCGCGCGCGCGCGCGACGCCGCGGCGCUGCGCCUGUGGUGGCCCGACGCGGACGCGGCCCCUUUCCACGGCGACGUCAACGAGGUGCUCGCGGCCAUCGCCGAGCCCGUGACGCCGGGCCUGGAUUUUUCGACGACGGACCCGGGCGGCCGGGGCUACCGGUCGACGCCCGGGUCGCGCGCGGCGACGCCCGCGGCCACGCGGCGGUCCAUGGUCCACAGCAAGUCGCAGCCCGCGCUCCACAAGCCGUCGACGGCGCCGACGCAGGCGCUGACGGCUUUUGAUUAUGACCGGUCGACGCCGAAGAAGAAGGCGGGCGCGCCGCGGUCGCCGGGGAAGGAGGGGCCCGUCACGUGCGGCGAGGUCUUCCUCGAGACGGCCAAGUGGCCCAAGGCCCGGCGGCCCUCGGUGGACUGGCCCCUGCCCCGCGUCAUCCGCCGCGUCGCGCGCCACCGCACCAUGCCCGACGCGCCCGCGCGGGACCAGCUCCCCUUCCUCGGCUGGACCGCGCACCACCCGGGGCCCGACGACUACGUCUGCCCGUGA